AUGUAUAUUGUCCCACCUAACUAUAAUAGGAUAGGAACAGUCCUGAAAAUCGUGUCUCCUUUCGAAAACCGGCUUAUUUAUAAAAUAGGUAAUAAACAAACGAAGAAAACACUUCAACCGAGUGGAUACUUUGAAAUCAAUUUCUCCGAUGAAGAGGCCGUUGUGAUAGAUUCAGAAAAGCCGGUGCUGGUUACUAGUUUUUCUACUGGAUCUUACGACACAGGUGACCCUUAUAUGAAUAAUGUACCAGGAAUUAGGCAGUAUACAGAUAAAUAUCUAGUGGUUGUUCCUGCAAACUUCAAAGAAAAUUACGUCGGCUUAACCAUUGAAGAAAAAUCUCUUAAAAACUUAAUGUUAAACGAAACAAAAAUCAUACAUUACUUGAAUGACAGGAAAUUCUACACAACCGUAACAGUUAGGGACAUGGACUUUGUCGUGCUUGUUUUACAAGUACAGGGAGGUCUGUUAAGAGUUAAAUCUACAAAUAAUGCAGCGUUCGGAUUAAUCGUUUAUGGUCAUAGAAAAAACGAUGGACACGGGUUUGCAGGAAAAGCAGUUCUGCCUGACGUGUGUGUCCACCCUUACGAAUAA